GAGUGAGCCAUUUCAGACACAGCACUAGACUUGCCGUCGAGGGGGAGCUCUACGUCCAGCUCCACCCAUUUAGCUCUGCAGUGAGUAGCCUCUCCUAAUUUCCGGGUUUAAGGGCGCAUUCGUGCAGCACUAGCAGAAUAAGACUUGAAACCGUGUAACUAGGUAUUUUAAAACUGCAUUAGACCGUUUCCUGGAGAAAAUGUCCGCUAUGAUUCCUCGCAUCGAGCAGCUUACCUGCAGAGUUCUGCGCGUGCUGGGCUGUAAUCCCGGGCCGAUGACACUACAGGGAACCAACACGUACUUGUUGGGGACUGGGAAAAGGCGUGUGUUAAUAGACACUGGGGAACCUUCUGUUCCUGAGUACAUCUCUAAUCUGAAGCAAGCUCUGUGCCAGAGUGAGUCCUCCAUCCAGGAGAUCCUUGUCACACACUGGCACCAUGACCACACCGGAGGAGUACCUGACAUACUUAUAAACAUAGACUCAGAUUUGCAGGUGAGUAAACUCCCUCGUUCUCCCCCACAGCAAGAGACAAUUGGAGAUGAUAAGAGGAAAUACACAUACCUUAAAGAUGGUGAUGUUAUUAAGACUGAUGGAGCCACAUUACGGGUUUUGUUCACCCCAGGCCACACUGAUGACCACAUGGCUCUGUAUCUGGAGGAGGAGGGAGCAGUGUUCUCUGGAGACUGCAUUCUGGGGGAAGGGACGGCUGUGUUUGAGGACCUACAUGAUUACAUGCUCUCACUGCAGAUACUGCUUGACAUCAAUGCAGACAUCAUCUACCCAGGUCAUGGUCCUGUGGUGUUAAAUGCCUGCAGUAAGAUCCAGGAGUACAUCACCCAUCGCGCUGCCCGGGAGCAGCAGAUUCUCUCUGUGCUGAGAAAUAGCCCUGGGGAUGCCUUCAGUUCCUCUGCCCUGGUUAAACUGGUGUACAAGGAUACCCCUGAACACUUACAUAGAGCUGCAGAAAUCAACCUGAUUCAUCACUUAAAAAAACUACAGAAGCAGGGAACAGUCUGCAUGGUUGGAGCUUCAGAAAAGUGGAAGAGCAACUUGUGACUGCCACCAUAACAAACAGAAAUUUACUGUGGAAGAAUUAAGAUGGAUGUACCACAAAUGCAUCAUUACUAUAUGUGUAUAGAUUUGCAGUGAAUAUUUGAUAAAGUUGCUUAGAAAAUUGUAAAAUAAUUUGAAUUAUCAGCACUUUUACUAUUAAACGUCAAACUAUCAUAGAUCAUCUCAUUGCCAGACUGUUUUACCAUCUUAACAUGAUGUGGCCCCAAUAAAAUCUUUUUCCUAA